CCCCGGGUUCAGCUGUGGAGCAGAGAGCCAGGGGAGGGCAGGAGCCGGGGACGGCAGCUCUGGGGCUUCCUUUGCAGGAAGCCAAGGAGCCAGGAGCUGCGCCCCAGGGCCCAGCAGGAGCCGCCAACCACCAUGGCAGCUGAGGGGCCCUGCGCCAGCCCAACCCUGGCCCCCGAGGAGCCUCCCGCCAGCCCCAGCCUGGCCCCAGAGGAGCCUCCCGCCAGCCCCAGCCUGGCCCCAGAGGAGCCUCCCGCCAGCCCCACCCUGGCCAUGGAGGAGCCUCCUGCCAGCCCCGAGCAGGAGUUGAGGGACUGCGGCGCUGCAGACACCAGCAGCUCCGCAUUCUCCUGCGGGGCCAGAAGCUCCUCCGUGCGGUCUGGCAGCCCUGUCUUUCAAGGCUCCUUCUUUGGAGAUACCUCCAGUGCCCAGGUGUCGUGGCCUGAGGAGGAGGAAGAGGAGGAGGAAGAGGAGGAGGAGGAGCAAGACAUCAUCUUGGUGAUCCAGCAGCACCUGCAGGGCAGAGCUGAGGCUCUGCACAACCGCCAUUUGCGGAGCCUGGACACCAUCCUCAGGGGCUGCCUAACAGAGACCCCCACCGUGGAGAAGCUGCAGCACCUCCUGGAGCACAUCCAUCGCUCUCUCCUGGCAAAAAACACCCAGGAGAGAGCCAGGGCCGUCCAGACCAGCGCGGCCCUGCUCCAGUUUGCUACCUCCCUGCCUGGAUUUGACACCUCCUCCACCUUCUCCAAGGCAGGUGAAUUUGUGCUGCAGCUGGGUCUCUGUGCAUACCACCCAGCCAGUGACAUCAGUCGGCAUGCCAAGGGUGGGAUCAAUUGGCUGCACAAGCUCCUGCUCCAGAAGAGGGGGCUCAAGACCAGGAAGGCAGCAGACCUGUGGUGCCAGGACGGGCUCCAUGACCCCAAGUGCCUGGGAUAUAGAAAUCUGGCCAGGGUGGGAGAGGUCUUCGGAGAAAUAUUCACCGAAGACCAGAAGAGGAGUUUCCUCCAGGCGGGCCUGCUGGCCAUCCACCACCCCCACAACCGCAUCAGCCAUGCUGGCCUGGUGCUGAUGUAUUCCAUCGUGGGGGAAGCCGGCCAGCUGCUAGAGGACGAGGGGGAAAUUACAAACAAAAUCAUGGGACAGCUAUUUAAUAUCAGGCUCAUGGGCAAGCUGCCCGACGCCCUGAAGGAGCUGUGCUCCGUGGGGCAGGAUUGAAGGCCCC